AUGGCUUGCAAGUUGCGUAUGACAGCAAGAAUUCUUGAAUCUGGUCUUGAAGAUCCGGAAGCCGCAACUACUGCCUGUUUGUCGUCACUUAAAGAGCUACAUGGUUUACCAGCAAUCCAAGAAAUGUUCGCAGUUUUUCUCAAGGGAGGACUGAUAUCAAAGGUGAUGAAAGCUGAACGUUUAGAAAACAUAAUGUCUGUUUUGUUCAUCAAUCAUGCUUUAUAUGAUUUCGCUUCCAAGUAUAGCAGGAAAUCUCCCUACCUAUUUACCUGGCCUGGAAUAGAGUUGAACCAUCGUACAUUUCAUCCAAUCCUAAACGCAAGGGAAAUUGUGAAAAAGACGUCCAGUAGUGAAGAAUUUGUUCAACAACUGAACCGAGUGGCUGUUGAUUCGACUGAGUUUGCUGUGAAUAGCCGUGGUGAAAUUAUUCUACUAGAUGAUGACAAAAUCACGGUUAUUUACAGCACAGGUAAAAGCAAGGAUGUUAUGCUUCCCGUUCCCACAGAAAGUAACGUUGUUGCACAACGGAGAAUGGAUGUUGCUGUUGAUAGCAAUGACAAUGUGUAUGCUGUAACACGGCUUACGACAAAUGAUAACAAUGGCAGUGAUAAAGAUUUUAUGUUGUUCGCUUUUGACGAGAAUUACAACAUCAAGCAUGUCUCUGUAUUGGAUUUCCUUGAAGAAAGAGCUUGUCUAUAUGUUAACAUCGCUGUUGACAAAAACCAAGACCUAAUCAUGCUGACAAGUGGGAAUCACCAGGUCCAGGUAUAUAUCUGUGAAAACACAGGAAAGUUGAAAUUUCAGUUUAAACGAGAUGGAGAUGACCUAUCCAGCUUGAGUAUUUCUAACAACAAUGACAUCAUGAUAGUAUCAGUUGAUUGCAGCGCUGUUCAAAUAUACUCAACAGAAGGUAACUUAAAAUCCACAAUAAAAGUACCAGAAGGUCAUACAGCCCGGCGGGUAGCAUUUCAUCAUGGCAUUUGUAAAAUUAACAAUUGUUUUAACCCAUGUUUGGGAACAACGUUCCUCCUUCUUGCUCUGUUACUCUGA